AUAUCAAAAAACGUGGAACAAACAUUAUAUUGGAAAAUCAUUUAGGAAGAACGUGGAGUUUAGAAAGGCCAGCAUUGCGAAUGGUGGAAAUCUUGAUAAGGGUGAAUUUAGAGACAGCAUCAUCCUCCAUUUCCAAUUAUUGUACUUCUUACUGCGACACCAAACCCUAUUAACUAGAAAUACAAUUAGGAACAAAGGCCACUGCUUUCUGUGUAGUUGAUAAUGCUGCUGCUUAGCAACCUGUAACACAUUUCAGACCAACUGAGUUUUGUACUUUUUAAUUUAGUAUUUAUACUCCGUUGAUUUAUCCUUAUAUGCUGAAAAAAAUUUAUUUGACUAUCUAUAUUAUUUUUUUCUGAAAUUUACCGGUAUAUGUUAUUUUUGAGAAAAAAAAAAAAAAAAACCUUCUACAAGAUGUUUUAGGACGCGUUUUACUUUCUUUAUCCUGAAGAGAACUGAGGAGUUGUUAGAAGAAAGAAUAUUUUAAUCCCCCUCUUUGCUACCUCAAUCGAUUGCUGCCGUUGUACCCCUGCCUCAAUCCCCGCCGUUCCUUCAUCCACCCACUGCUGUUCCUAUAACUAUAAAAAUUUAUAAUAAAUAUUCAAUGCGAUCGUGUACCAGGGAUUCAGAAAAAAAAAAAAAAAAUCAAAAAGGAAGAAAAACGUACGAAAACGAUGCGUUUUAGGCGUCAUCCUAACAUUUAGCUUAAGCCAGCUUCGGCAGCAAACCCUAAUUCUUUGUUUUCUCUGACUUUCUCUCUUCUUUCCAGUGAUCGCACGCCUAUUCAAACACAGGGUUAUACAAUAAUGGAGUCCAAUACAGAGAAUAAUGUGAAGCAGCAACAACCAGCACAGAGGAUACAAAUAUACCCUCCCACUACCAGUGGAGUUUCCCCAUUUUGGAUAGCUAAGUAUGAAAGAGAUGCUAAGAAGUACUGGGAUCAAUUCUACAGGCGGCAUCAAGAUAAAUUUUUCAAAGAUCGGCACUACUUGGACAAGGAAUGGGAUCAGUAUUUCUCUGGAAGUGGAAGAAAAGUAAUUUUGGAGGUUGGCUGUGGUGCUGGAAAUGCUGUAUUCCCUUUAAUUGCUACAUACCCAGAUGUUUUUGUUUAUGCGUGUGACUUUUCACAACGAGCAGUUAAUUUAGUUAAGGCACAUAAAGAAUUCAACGAGACUCAUGUAAGUGCUUUCGUCUGUGACCUGACCUCUGAUGACCUUGGCAAACAUAUUUCUCCCGCCUCUGUCGAUGUUGUAACCAUGAUUUUUGUGUUAUCUGCAGUAUCACCAGAGAAGAUGCCUCUAGUCUUGCAGAACAUCAAAAAAGUUCUCAAGCCAAAUGGUUAUGUGCUGUUUCGAGACUAUGCCGUUGGCGACCUUGCUCAGGAAAGGUUCUCUACCAAGGAUCAGCAAAUCAGUGAAAAUUUCUAUGUCAGGGGUGAUGGCACUCGUGCUUUCUAUUUUUCUAAAGAGUUCUUGACAAGCUUGUUUAAAGAACAAGGACUUGAUGCUGAAGAACUUGGUUUGUGUUGUAAACAAGUUGAGAAUCGAGCACGUGAAUUGGUUAUGAAUCGGCGUUGGGUCCAAGCUGUAUUUCGCUAUUCAGAUGGUGUAAACUAUGCACCUUCUUCCGAGGCCCUAAGUAAGUCUGACCUAUGUUGUCAAGAGAACAUUAAGCCUAAAGCUGAUGCAGAGCCCAUUAAAGAUUUUGUGGUUGACAUGUCUGAAGGUAUGGCAGUCGAAAUGUUUGGAGCUCCAACUAAUGAUACUGAGGUUAUUGAGAUUGAGCUUGGAGGUUGUGAUAUCAAGAUCAAAGUACUAUCCAAAGAGUAUCAGCACACCUGCAAAUCAACUGGCUUGAUGUUGUGGGAAUCAGCUCGAUUGAUGGCUGCUAUCCUUGCAAGAAAUCCUAGUAUUGUUGCAGGGAAAAGGGUUUUGGAAUUGGGGGCUGGCUGCGGAGGCAUCUGUUCAAUGGUUGCAGUUAGAUCGGCAAGCAUUAUGGUUGCCACUGACGGAGAUAGAAAAGCGCUUGAACUGUUGAACCAAAACAUCACAUCAAACCUUAGACCACCAUAUCUCGCUAAACUUGUUAUGAAGAAACUCGAAUGGGGAAACCGAGUUGAUAUCGAUGCCAUUAAAGCCAUGAAUAAUGAAGGCUUUGAAGUCAUCAUCGGAACAGAUGUCACCUACAUUCCUGAUGCUAUUUUACCAUUGUUUUCAACAGCCAGAGAGUUGAUUUCAUCCAACAAAAGUGCUGAGAAAGACCAAGCACCAGCACUUAUCCUGUGUCAUAUCUUCCGACGAGUCGAUGAACCGUCCUUACUUUCAGUUGCAUCUAGAUAUGGCUUUAGAUUGGUAGAUAAAUGGGCGAAAGGAAGUCCAACCAAUGAGUCUCAAAGCUUAAUCAGCUCUUGGUUUCCAGAGAACAAUUUCGAGGAGCAUAUCCCAACUUCCGCACUAAAUAUCAUGUAUUUCCAAUUAGAUUGAAUAGUAUCAUAUAAGCUUUCACUUCAAUCAUAGUAUUUUCUUGAUUUUGCUUUUAAAAUUAGUACUUAAUAUUUAUGUUAGUAUUGAAUUCAUUCAUGCAAAUGUAGUACAAUUUUACCAUUUUGUUUCCUUGUUUCAAUACAAAAGUUGAUAAAA